AUGCCGCUACGCACAGCCGCUACUUGUCCCACCGGUCCCGCAUGCCGGGACCUUGCCGCUUUCGGAGCUGUCCCUGACAAAGAACCAUUGCCUAGCAAUGCUGGACUUGUGGGGUUCCCUCCCAUCUCCAUCCACAAUCCCGAUAUCUUUGCAUCUCUCCCUGGCCCCUCGAACAGCCAGCCUGCCGGUACUUUUCAUGGCAUGCCAUAUGGACUGGUUUCAACCCCAGCAAUUCCGCCUUUCAGCUACCCAUUCACUGCUCACCAACACCAUUUCCCACCUAUGAUGGGUAUGGAGGUGCCAGGGAUGUCUCCCAGUGUCCUGACAGCUGAUCCACAACAAUCGCAGACUUUCUUCAACUUUAAUCAUAUGAACACAUAAGCUUCUUAUAAUCAUUCCAUUUGUACAAUAUUUUUGCAAGCUUUCCCCUCAUGCUAAUGUUUAUCUCAUUAUCUUAAUGUCAUUGCUUCAUUUGUAUAUACGAUUGCACUCAUACUCCAUAUCAUGCUAAUGGUUGUCUUGAUAUCAUUUGUACAUACUCUCACAAGUCUUCAUCGCAAUGCUACUCUGUUUGCGCAAUCUCAUUUCCGUUCAAUAUCGCAGUACCACUCCACACGAACUGUAAGUAGGGGCAGCGGCCGCUGAAGUUAAUUCACACGCUUGUAUAUACAAGUGGAUAUACAACUGUAUAUACAGGCUGGGUUUUGCCUAUUAGGGGCCAACAAAAGUUAUACAAAUAAUCCACCUAAUGAGGCUUUGCCCACUGGGUGUCCAAGGU